AUGGCAUCGGUGGACUAUCGCGCCACCACAGAGGAUCCAGACUUGCUGUUUCAGUUCAGCUCGCCUGUCACAAGACCCACCGGAGCGUCAGUUCCGGAUACGCACCGUCGUGCUGAGUGGAGAAAUACGCCUGGAUUCGAAACAGAGCUGCUCGUACAUAGCGAUCUUUCCAUGCAGCACCGUGCAGCUUCUGUGCACAUGCCUUCCUCGAGCGUCGGCGACUCGUCCACCCUCAACGACAACAACAGCGCAUUGAUGGACGAUGACACGCAAACUCUAUACGGACAAAGCGCCGCGACGUCGGCAGCGCCCAGCCUGCGAUCCUGGCGGCCUGCGCAGAACGAAACGAGACGUAGUAGUGCCGCUGUUGGGUCGUCCGCCCAGCCGCUGCGCACCACGCCACGUUUGACUAACGUCCAGGAGCUGUCUCGCUUCAACAACAUUCUGAAUAAAUCCCUUUCGACCCAGCGGAUGCAAGAUAUCGAAAAAAUGGUGGAUGAUUUCUGGCUACGGGACUCCAAGCUGACUGAGGACAUGUUUGAGGACUCUUCCGAUGAGGAGGCAUGA